CAUUUGCUAGUCUCACAUGCCUGGUAAGAGAUAGCUUAGGUUUAGGUGCUGAGAAGCCUCUUACAGAGAAUGUUAGCAGGGUCUCAGAGCUAAACACCAUGAGAAGUCGCAGCAAUUCAGGAGUCAAACUCGACAAUUAUGCACGAAUGGUUCAAAAAACCAUCCUGUGUCACCAGGAUCCAGUGACAGGGUUAAUACCAGGCAGUGAGGAUGCCCCUCACGCCUGGGUCAGAGAUAAUGUAUACUGCAUCCUGUCUGUGUGGGGUCUGAGUCUGGCCUACAGGAAAAACGCUGACCGCGACGAGGACAAGGCCAAAGCGUACGAGCUGGAACAGAGUGUGGUGAAACUCAUGCGGGCGUUGCUGCAGUGUAUGACGAGGCAGCUGGACAAAGUUGAGAAAUUCAAAUACAGCAGGAGCACCAGAGACUGUCUGCAUGCCAAAUACCACACAGGUACCUGUGCUACUGUGGUAGGUGAUGACCAGUGGGGUCAUCUACAGGUGGACGCCACAUCUGUGUUCCUGCUCUUUCUGGCUCAAAUGACGGCUUCAGGGCUGCAUAUUGUGCACACACGUGAUGAAGUGGACAUUAUCCAGAAUCUUAUGUUCUACAUUGAGUCAGCAUACAAACUAGCGGAUUUUGGAAUGUGGGAACGAGGAGACAAGACAAAUCAAGGCAUCCCUGAAAUCAAUGUCAGCUCUAUUGGAAUGGCAAAGGCGGCUCUGGAGGCGCUGGAUGGACUGAACCUCUUUGGUGCCAAAGGAGGCCCCGAGUCUGUCGUUCACGCUUUAUCAGACGAUAUUCAGCAUUGCCAAUCUAUCCUCAGUUCCAUGCUGCCCAGGGCCUCCACAUCCAAAGAGGUGGACGCUGGGGUUCUGUCCAUCAUCUCAUACCCUGCUUUUGCAGUCGAGGAUAUUGACAUUGUAAACAUUACAAAGGAGGAGAUCAUCUCAAGACUGCAGGGAAGAUAUGGAUGCUGUCGUUUCCUCAGAGACGGCCACAGAACCCCUAAAGAGGACCCGAAUCGCAUAUAUUACGAGUCUUCAGAGCUGCAGCUCUUUGAGAACAUUGAGUGUGAAUGGCCACUGUUUUGGACUUAUCUUAUACUGGAUGGAAUUUUCAUCAAGAGCCCUGAACAGGUACACGAAUACAGAAAUGCUUUAGAUUCCAUCCUGAUCAAAGGUAAAGAUGGACUGCGCCUCGUUCCUGAGCUUUACAGCGUUCCUCCAGAUAAGGUGGAUGAAGAAUAUAACAAUCCCCACACUGUGGAACGAGUGCCAUUAGGCAAGUGCCCACUGAAAUGGGGCCAGUCUCUGUACAUAUUGGGUAACUUGUUGGCAGAGGGAUUUUUAGCCCCUGGAGAGAUUGAUCCCCUCAACAGACGCCUCUCUACCAUACCCAAGCCUGAUGUUGUGGUUCAGGUGUCUAUCUUGGCGGAGACGGACGAAAUCAAACAGCUCCUGCAGAAGCAUGGCAUUGAUUCAGAAACCCUGGAGGACAUCCAUCCUAUUAGAGUCCAGCCAUCUAGAGUCCUUAGUCACAUAUACGCCAGACUAGGACGAAAUCAAAGGCUAGGCCUGACUGGGAGGCCUUAUCGGCACAUUGGCGUGCUGGGGACGUCCAAACUCUACAUCAUAAGGAACACCAUCUUUUCUUUUACCCCUCAAUUCAUAGACCCCAAGCGCUUUUACCUGGCCCUGGAUAAUAAGAUGAUUGUGGAGAUGCUCCGUAUUGACAUCUCCUACCUGUCCUCACGCUGGAGAAUGACUGGCAGGCCUACUGUGACUUUCCCAAUCUCACAGAGCAUGCUGACUGAUGAUAACAAAGAAAUUGACCCUGCCAUACUGGCUACACUGAAAAAGCUACAAGAUGGCUACUACGCAGGAGCAAGGGUGAAGACUGGGAAACUGUCAUCAUUCCUGGACACUUCCUGCUGUGCUCACCUCAUGUUUAUGGACUGUGAGGUAGACUAUCUGGCGGAGUAUCUGGACCAGCUGUUUGCAGUUCCCCAGCAUACUCCCAUCAGCACCAUUAAAGGAGGACUCAACCGCUUCAGGGCUGCUGCAAAAAAGACUCGAGAGAUGGUGUCUCUGGUGCAUAAAGCAAGAGUUCUGGAUAUACACAAUGUGCACAUGUAUCUCCCCAUUAAACUGUUCCACGAACCACCUCCCAUCCUCCACCUGGAUGAAAGCCAGAGCCCUCAGAAUGGAGACACUCCUUCAAUGAACCUGCCCCGGAACGUGAACGGAGGGAUUGACUAUCCAGCGCUGGUGCAGAUGCUGAAACAAAGCCGAAGCCUACAGGAUCAGGCUGAUAUCCUCUACAUCUUUUAUAAAGACAAAGGCAUGGACUGGGACACCAGGUUACAUGGGAAAGGCUGGGAGGUGAAGAGACUUCUGAGUGAGCUGUAUGAGAAGGCAGGCAGACUGAGGCACUGGGGUCUCAUCCGUAUGGUGUGUGGCAUGCUUCACCGCAAAGUGGAAGAGCUGGAUGAGGCUUGUACAGAUCUACUUGCUCACCAGAAGCACCUAACAGUGGGUCUUCCUCCUGAACCACGAGAGAGAACUAUAUCAGCUCCCCUUCCACCAGACAAGCUGGCGAGGCUUAUUGAUGAAGCAAGCGAGAACAACCUCACUAUUGCUAUCCUCACUCAGGAGAUAAUGGUCUUUUUGGCCAUGAGCAUCCGCACACAACCAAACCUGUUCAGCGAAAUGUUCCGCAUCCGCAUCGGCCUCAUCCUCCAGGUCAUGGUCACUGAACUGGCGCAGUCCCUCAACUGUUCAGGCGAGGAAGCCACAGAGAGUCUGAUGAACCUGAGUCCAUUUGAGCUCAACAACCUUCUGCUCCACAUCCUCAGCGGCAAAGAGUUUGGAGUUCAGAGAAGCGUGCGCUCAACUGGAAACGCCGUGACUCCAGUCAUCUCUAUUCAUGACAAGAGCAAAUCUGGUUCUGCUAAAGAUCAGAUAAAAAGUGGCAGUAAGCCGAAGCAUGACGUAAAGCUGCCCUUAUCAGUGCAUUCCUUGGAUCUUGACAUUAUUGAGGCAGGGCGGUACAGACUUCCAUCCAUUGAGUCAUUUCAAGGUUCAGCAGGAGCUACAAUGGUGCGUGACAGGAGACAAGGCCAGUGGCUUCGGCGCAGACGUCUGGAUGGAGCUCUGAACAAAGUGCCUGUUGGUUUCUACCAAAAAGUAUGGAAGAUUCUGCAGAAGUGUCAUGGUCUCUCUAUUGAGGGAUGUGUGCUUCCAUCAUCAACUACAAAGGAGAUGACUCCAGGUGAGAUCAAGUUUGCAGUGCAUGUGGAAACGGUCCUGAAUCGUAUUCCACAGCCGGAGUACAGGCAGCUGCUGGUGGAGACCAUUCUCGUACUCACCAUGCUGGCCGAGGUGGACAUCCAGAGUGUUGGGGAAAUCAUUCAAGUGGACAGAAUUGUACAAAUGGCCAGCGACCUCUUCUGCGAAGACCAGAAAGACCUCGGUGCAGAUGACAGUCUCCUGGAGAAAGAUCAGUCCAACGGCAUCUGCAGGUUACUGUACGACUGUGCGCCCAGCGGCCUGUUUGGGACCUUGACCUACCUGUCUAAAGCUGUAGCCACGUACGUUGAUGAUUUCCUGCCAAGUGGGGCUUGUGCUCUUCAGUAAGGCACGAAGUUUGAGCUGAAUUAAACUGUUUAUGCUUGCAAAAGUAAGGGGCUGAGACUGCAGUAACAAAAUAUUAUAAAGUUGCUGAAUAAUGAAAGUGCCAGAUUAAUUCACGAACCUUCAAACCAACGGUGAGGAGGUAAUGUAGUUCUUAAAUACAGAUGCUUGACAUUUUUUGAUUGCUGUUCUUUCCAAUUAGCAUUAACACUGAUGACUAAUGACUGGUUUAAUGUAAAGUGCUCAAUAAGAAGCCUAUCAAGAAGAACCAUCAGUCUCUAAAUAAGUAUGUUAUUUACACAACAGCCAGCAUGAUUCAAUGUGUAAUAAAACACAUACACAC